CGAGAAGUUCAUUAUCAUGAAGACUCAAGCGUUCAUCUAUUGCAUGAUUAUUUUAUCAUAUUACUGCUGCCAUGCUCAAAACUAUUUCGAACAAUGCCUUUUAGAAAGUGGUAUAGCAAAAGAUAAAUCUGAAGUAAAUAUGAAUGACCCUAAACUCAAAUGUUUUGAUACCUGUCUGUUUAAAAAGAAAGGAAUACUCAAAAAUGGAAAAAUCGAUGUAAAUUCUCAGUUUAACAUUUUGAAAAAGGAAUUCAGUGGAAGCUUGUCAACUUUGAAAGAUUACGUAGAUUUGUGCGCUGCUGCAGCGAAUAAAAAAAUAGAUGACUGUGACGUUGUGAAUAGAAUGAAAAAGUGUAUUUCAGAAAAAAUAACCCUCAAACAAUAGAAGUAUACCUCACAUUUUUGUAAACCUUACUGUUAGUUUAACAUUUAAAAUAUAUAAUUUAGUUUUUCUUCUCAGACUUUAAUUAUGUUU